GUCAAUCAUCCGUGUUCUUCAAGGUUAAACUAUGUGUUUUACAAUACGUAGAUAAGUAUGGACAUGAUACAUAGGUAAAUUACGUAAUAACAUGGUAUUAUCUCUAGAGGAACAACAAAUUGGAAUUCUCAGGAAAACUUGGAGAUGUUGCUACUGACUAUUUUGAUAUGUCUUGCUCAGGCAGUUUUAACAGCAAAGGAAGACGUCUUAUCAGAUUAUUCUUUUCCUGUUUAUACGACUGAGAGAUGUCCAAGGGACAAACGUGAAUGGGAUGCUGCCUCUGCCAGACUACUUUGCAAUGAUUCAUAUGGAUACCACUGUGUCCCGGAUAAGACAUUCUCAUCUCUUAUUGAGUUUUGCUACCCAGACGGAAAAUUUAAACGUUUCCAGAAAGGUAAUUGUCUUGAGCUUGCUUAUACUGGUAUUUUGAACCAUGUCAAGUGCAAAAAUUUCUCUUUUGGUUGUCCUGAUCAAGACUACAACAGCAACGAGCUCUAUAACUAUCCAGCUUGUUUUAAUAUACUUGAGAACUGUUUCAUAGCGGAUAUCAGUUGUCUUAAGCUACGAACUGAUAGAAAAAAACAAAGAGCAAUGAAACAGGGUAGACAAGAUGAAUGCCUUUGCACUGGCUAUAUUGCGGCAUUUUCCGUUUUAUCAAUAUUGACCAUUAUGUGCGUUCUUGUCAAAAUAAUUCAUUUCUGCUACAACAAACAACAAAAACGGAAAAAAAAGCAAAACUUGACUUAUGAAGAAAAUCCACUUCUUAAGAGGAGAAUAAACUCAGAAAGUGAAAACAUGAGAUCGGAUCAUUUAAACAUGGAAGAUGACAUAGGCAGAUACAUUUUUGUCGAUUUCACAGUAGAAGAUGCACAGCUAUUUGAUCUCUUAAAAAGACAAUGUCUCAAUGGCGUAUAUGUUGGUUUUAAUUAUCUCGUUGAAUCUAAGGUAAUACCAAAAAAGAAAAAUGAAAUAUUUCAUCAAUAUGAUGUACAUGGAUGUACGUUAUUGCAUUAUGCAGCUCAAGGGGGAUCAAUCACCAUACUUAAAACAAUUUUAAAAACUGAUCCAGAAGCAAGACUUCAAAACGAAAGUCACCAGGGUCAAAAUGCACUGCAUUUUGCUAUAAGAUAUAAGCGAAAAGAUAUGAGCGAAUAUCUUAUUACACAACACGGGAAAACAUUUAUAAAAAGCACGGAAGGAGUAGAUCAAUCAAGUUCAAUGGAAGAAAACAAAAAUGCUUCUAUUAGGACGGGUAAAUUUGAGCCAUUUCACUGGAUUGCAUGGAAUGGAGAUUUAAGGAUCCUUGAAGUUUUGAAGGAAGCUUAUGUUGAUUUGACGAAGUUAACAAAGAAUGGUCUAGGCAUUUUAGACAUUGCAUGCAUGAAAAAGGAAAAUGAUUUCUGUAGACAUGUUAUAGAAAAUGAAAAAGAAAUUGAUAUAGAAAAGGUGGAUGCAAGUGGUUGGAACAUUGCUCAUUAUGCUGCAAUGUGUAAUAAUGUGGAGGUUAUGCAACUUCUGAAAAACAAACACGAACAACUGCUCAAAUCCAAAACGUACGGGAGUAAAACUUCUCUGCAUAUUGCAUGUGAAUAUGGCAGUAAAGAUGUUGUUUCUUACUUUAUCGAAUAUUUCAUAUCACUCUUGAACUGCAAAGAUGACAAAGGAUGGAAUGCUAUACACUUUGCCGCAAAAGGAGGCGAUUUAGAUAUUCUCGAAGAAUUGCUAAAAACUAAUAGAAUUGACUUCGAGUCUCUGACAGAUGAAGGAAAAACACUACUUCACCUUGCAUGCAUCCAUAAACGCGUGGAAAUCUGCAAGUAUGUAACCGAAAGGUUUUACGAAUGCAACAGGAAACUUUUAGAUCAGGAGACAAAAACACAUGGCUGGACCGCUGCUCAUUAUCUUGCUGUUGAGAGUAAAGGCGAUGGUAGUGAGGUGGAUAUAAUUGAGAUGUUCCUAGAUCGUGAAAUGGAACUUUCAGCCAGAACAAAAAAAGGAUACUCUAUUCUAAAUAUAGCAAUCGAUCAUUUAAAUAUAGAACUCAUAAAAACCCUUGUUACUGAGAGGUAUAGAACAGCCCUCAAAAUAACUGAGAAUAGUAUCAGAAAGGACAGAGAACAAACAAAGGAUGAACGUAUUUUGAAGAUUCUUGACGACGCCCUGUCAGAAAUGAGUGAUGAGAGAUAAGUAAUCUGAAGUCAGCUUUGAGACUUUCCACACCAGAUGCAUAAUCACUCGCUUUAAAAAUCCUUCCAUUGUGUCGAACGACAUGUUUUUAUCGUUUACUCACGUGCACUGCAUUAUUUGAAACUUCAAUGGGACUUUGUAAGAUCGAGUUUAAUUGUUAUAGCUUUUCUCUAAAGAGGUAUUAAACUAAUAUGCCGGCGAACCAAAGUCAUCAAAUUCCAUUUGAUAACAAAACUGGUUGUUUUUUCUUUUACUUUUAUAUGAUUUUUGUGUAUAAAAAUGCUAUGUAUUGUAGACACUUCAACGGCUAAAAGAAUUAUAUUCUGACCAUACAAGACUUGUAAUUAGUUUAUGCUUACUGUAUUGAUACCAGAAUAUUUAAGGUUUGAUAACAAUUAUAUUUACAGUUUUUUUGUAUUUUAAAAAA